UACGACUUUGUCGUGGUUGGAGCUCGCCGCCCAUCAUGAUAUCAGCGGGAACAGCAGGCAGUGUCAUUGCAGCAAGGCUAUCAGAGAAUCCUGCUUUUUCUGUCCUCGUGAUAGAAGCUGGUCCAAGUAACCAAAACAUUCUAGCCGCUGAAGUGCCAUUCUUGGGUUCCACUCUCUCCCCAAACUCCGCUGUUACAUGGAAUUACACGACCGCGCCUCAAAUCGGUCUCAAUAACAGGACUAUACCAUAUCCAAGAGGAUAUGUCCUCGGGGGCUCAAGUACAAUCAAUUUUGAGGUAUGGACCAGAGGCUCGAUAGAUGAUUAUAAUCGAUUCGCGAAUGUGACCUGUGAUUCUGGUUGGUCGUGGGAUGAAAUGGUUCAUUACAUGAAGAAAAGCGAACAUUUGGUGCCUUCUACGGACAAUCGUUCUGUAUUCGGAGAGGUGGAUCCCUCUGUACAUGGUAAGAAGGGGCCAGUGCAAGUAAGCCUGGGUGGCUUCGUCAGUGGCGUGGAUCGCCGUGUUAUUGACACAACGAGAGAACUUGACUGCGAGUUCCCUUACAACGUAGACAUGAAUUCAGGCUAUACUCUGGGACUUGGAUGGACGCAGAACUCCGUGAGCUCGAAAGGUUUUCGGAGCAGCUCAGCUACAGCAUAUUUGGCACCUGCGAUGGAAAGAGACAACCUGGAUGUCCUCAUCCAAACUCGCGUCACCAAACUUGUAGCGGUUUCGCAGGAAAAUGGUGUUCCGACAUUCGGCCAAGUAGAGGUGGCUCAAACUGCAACAGGUCCACGGUUGUUGUUCAAUGCAACCAAAGAAGUCGUUCUAUCCGGCGGAUCGAUCAAUACACCCCAGCUUUUACAGCUGAGCGGUGUCGGCGACUCGGCAUUGCUUGCGCCGUUGAAUAUCACUACCAUUCUUAAUCUUGGAGACGUUGGCAAGAAUCUUUCCGACCAUCCUUUCUUGGCCAAUCACUGGCUCGUCAAUUCCACUUCCACGUUGGAAAAAGUUGCUCGAAAUGCCACUCUGGCUGCUGAUCUGCUCGCACAAUGGAAUGCAACCGGCACAGGCCUUUUCUCGGACCCCGGUGCCAACCAAAUUGGCUGGAAGCGACUUCCAUCAAACUCAAGUAUCUUCCAACAAUAUCCUGACCCAUCUGCUGGCCCGACAUCUGCUCACUAUGAACUUCUGCCGGUCAACGGAUUCGUGUCAUUCGUUGAAAGUACCCCAGCGACAGGGUUUUUCUCGACUAUUGUAACAAAUGUAGCUUCUCCACUAUCCCGUGGUUCGGUGACGUUGGCGUCGAGCGAUCCUUUUGACAAUCCAAUCAUCGAUCCUGCAUUGCUGGGAAGCCCGUUCGACAUUUAUGUAAUGGUGGAAGCCAUUAAAUCUGCCAAGCGAUUCGUCGAGGCGCCCGCAUGGAAAGGUUACAUUAUCCAAGCUCUUGGUGCUCUCAAUUCCACUAUAGACGAAGACUUAGCAGAGUAUGCUCGGAACUCAACGACUACGGUUUUCCAUCCAGUUGGAACCGCUCGGAUGACGUCCUACUCUAACCAGGAUGGUGUGGUCAACCCAGAUUUACUUGUCAAAGGGGCUUCUGGAUUGCGAAUCGUCGACGCAUCUGUUUUACCGUAUAUACCGGCUGCACAUACUCAAGCAUGUGUUUAUGCCUUGGCUGAAAGAGCAGCGGAUUUGAUCAAAGCUGCAUGGUCCUGAGUCUCGGAUCGAGCUGGUUGGAAGCAUAAUGUCCCGUGGACUCAUCACAUACAUGUUUUCUUAUCUCUGUACGUGCGAGGUUGCAGCCACUUAAUUACAUAGACUUUAAUCAGAAGGCUGCGGCUGCCAUGAGAACUUUGUGUUCAAAAGUAAUCUUCUCGGCACUGACGGUGAUGACAUAUCAAAAUAGG